UAUGGAGAAGAGUGCAGGAGUAAAACAUACCCUCCGUCAGGACCAACGUUCAAAGGGAAUGUUCCCACAUACGUCAUAAAUCUUGAUUUACCUCCCAGCAAAAGAUGGGAUAAGUUGAUGCAAGACAAAAAGACAGAGCUGAAGACUGUGAUCCAGAAUAUUAAAGACAUAGCAAAUACUUUCUUCCCCAGUGGCAAAAUUGUUGACAUAGUGGAUAACAAAAUAGCUCAUCUGACCGCCACGCUUCCUUAUCCUUUCAAUGAAGAACUCCAAGGGAUUGCAAAUUCGUCUGGGAUUCCUUUGGGGGAAAUUGUUAUUUUUAACAUCUUCUAUGAAAUUUUUACCGUAUGUACGUCCAUUGUGGCAGAAGAUAAAACAGGGAAGCUGUACCAUGCCAGGAACUUGGAUUUUGGACUCUUUCUUGGGUGGGAUGUUAAAAAUAAUUCCUGGACUAUAACUCGGGAACUGAAGCCUCUGGUCGUAAGCUUGGACUUCCAGAGAAACAACAAAACAGUAUUCAGGUCUACAAAUUUUGCAGGAUACAUAGGCAUGGUGUCUGGAGUCAAACCGGACUUGUUCACUCUGACAAUGAAUGAGCGUUUCAGUCUUGAUGGUGGUUAUAUUGGAAUCUUUGAAUGGUUUCUUGGUAGAAGAGAUGGAAUGUGGAUGGGCUUUCUUACAAGAACAGUAUUAGAGAAUGCUACAAGUUACCAGGAUGCGAAAGACAAACUGGCGAAAACAAGACUGCUGGCUCCAGCUUAUUUUAUACUGGGUGGAAAAAAUUCUGGAGAAGGGUGUGUGAUAACUCGUUCCAGGACAGCUGCUCUGGAUAUCUGGGACCUUGAUAUCAAGAAGGGCACGUGGUACGUGUUAGAAACAAACUAUGAUCGGUGGAAGCCUCCUUUAGUCUUGGAUAAUCGUAGAACACCUGCAAUGAAAUGCCUGAACCAGACGAUGCAAGAGAACAUCUCCUUACCAGCAAUUUAUGAUGUUCUCUCCACAAAGCCUGUCCUCAAUAAGCUGACUGUGUGCACAACGCUGAUGAAGGUGUAUAAUGGUCGUACAGAGACUUACCUGCGAGAAUGCCCAGAUCCCUGCAGUCCUUGGUAGUCCUGUCCCGUUCCUAUUUUGGAAGCUGCUUGUCUGAAUUGGAGAUCCUCCAAGAAAAAAGUACUUCCGGAAAAAGAUUCCUCAGUCUAACUCCUUUCUUCAUAAAUCUAAUGGCUACAUAAAAAUGUUAAUGAAGGAGGACCCUCUCUCACAGUGGACUUUCUUGCUUUCUGAUCAGCAGUCCUGC